CAGGCAUGGAGGGGUCCUCCAGAAGAGGCAAGAGACCAAGAAUCCACUAUGAUAUCCACCAUUCCUGCCACUUCAUUUCAGUGUGCUGCCACAGCAUUGAAAGGACUUUCAAAUCCACUUGAUUCUGACACCGCCCCAGUGGAGCCCAAAGUAAUUGCGUCGAAAGACCACCGCCCUGCCAAGGCGCCUCGUCAGGUAUUGGUCGAGCGCAAACGUAGGGUCUUUGAGGCCCUGGAUAUAGAACAACUGCUCGCCGAAAGGGGGAUCAACUACGCAGAUCCAUGUUUUGGAGCCAAGAGUUGGCUACCCUUAGAACCAUUCGAUGACACUACUUUCGAUGAUCGCUCUCCAAAAGAAUGGAUGGCUCUCAGCAAAGGCCCGGAUGGCUCAUUUUUGCCUUUGGCUGGAAAGGGUCUUUUUCAGCCCCCAUAUGGGGGCUACAAAUGGGAACCGUGUCGGGUCUUAGCGUAUGACGAGAAGUCUAAUAUGUUUGAGGUCCAGUGGUGCGACCAUGGCGAAAAAUCCAAGCUGCUGCGUACUGAACUACUUUUUAAGUGCGAAGACCCUAUAAAAUUUGCUGACCGUCUUCAGGCAGCACACCUGUCAAGGACGGCUGCAGAAUGCCUUAUUCAGUAUAACUACUACAUAGACAGCAUGCCUACGAGUGACAUCCCGGGACUGGACGAAGUGCAACGCAAACGCGUGAUGGAGAAGGCGUUGAGCUCCCCCCGUAUGCGCCUCUACAAGCAACCCACAGUAGAUUUUCUACUGAAGGAAGUAAACACCUGCUUUGCUCGAACGAUGAACAAGAUUGCGUUUGACAUGUUUAUGGGGCGCAAUACGGACAAGAGACUGCAUAUGGACCUACAGUUACCUUCACCAACCAAGCCUCGCGCAGUUGCAUGGUGCGCCUUGGUCCACGUUCCUAGAUAUGACUUCUGCAGAGCUUUUGCUUCCUUUUGUUCGUCUUCUCUUUACGUAAAGAAGGAAGUUAUACAAGCCUUGGUCAGCAUUCGUGGGGAAUGCGUCGACAUGCUGAACAAGCGCAUCUUCAACACAUCGUUUUCAAAAGCGCUGAAGCUUGAUGAGUACCGGCAAACGCAACGGGUCUCGAUAAGUCAGGUAACCUACUUCCUACAGGAGGCAUGGGCCACCAAACUGCAUGAAAUAAUUGAAACAAAUCUGCGCCAUGUUGGAAAGGGUUGGUUCAACAUACACCACUUCAACAAAGAGACAUAUGAAUACGGUAAAGUCAAACGGAUGCUCAUCCUGACCCGCCUGCUCAUGAGGGACGCUCUUCGCGAGAUGACAACACGAUCAAUAAAUGAUUUUGUCGAGCUGUUCCGCACCUCAACGCCUAAGACCGUGAAUAUUAUGUCCCUCUCAAAGGUUCAAAACAUCUAUGAGGAAACCAAAGUCCAGUCAUUAGACCGAGAACUCUCAUGGAACGGCCUUUUCCUCCUAGAAAUUGUUCCUUCCCCAGACGGCUCGCAAUUUAUGUUGACACCGCAACCAGAGGGGUUUUCGGAAGCGACCGACGAGCUGUUAGAGAAAGGGCAAGUCUAAGAGCACCACGAAAGCAUUAGUAAAAAAACUAUUUUGCGCCUCAUUGAAUCACAUACCCCUUACCUACAGCUGUUUCUCGAUCAAUUCCACCCGUUUGUUGACGUCCUCUGCCUCUCCUUAACAGACGUCGUUGAGGAGACUGAACAGCGAGCCACAACUGAAGACGUUGCCGAGGCAUUCAGGCAUGCAAUUCAUAGUUUUCACGAGAGGAGUAGACAAAUAGACGACGAAAUCCCGAAUUCAGUCUCCGUCGGCGUGUUUCGGGUCUCUUGUGAAGAAAUCAGGGGCAACUUAAAGUCAAUACUACGAGGAGCUUCUCAGCUCCUUCUCGAUGCACUCGCAAAACGUUUCCGCGAGCAGUGCAAUCAGACCCUUGAGGAGUUUAUGCGGAUCUCCACUACGCUGUUGAGGCGGCCAGGUGGAAUCGAGGAACUCACCGAAUUACGGGAGUAUAUGGAUGAUAUUCCAACGAAGCUUGAGGAUCUUGCAAUCAAGAUCAAAUCGGCCUUGCACAUAUUCGAAGUGCUGGAGGCUUUUAAAUAUAGAUUACUUGUCGAGGACUACAAUCUGCGCUGGCGCCUCUACGGGUCCCCUGCUCAUAUUCUUGAAUUGAUGAAUGAAGCAUCUGCUGCAUUUAUCAAAGACAGAGCAAGGUUCCUUGAUGAGAUGCUUGUGCAGCAGUGCGAGUUUUCAGCUACCAUCACCGACGUCGCUGACGUGGUAGCGAGUUUUGCCACCUUUACUGACACAUCAAAGCUAGCGGAAGCCAACGACAGCGUCCUGGCUGUCAGCGAGCGACUUGAAACAAGUAUUCAGCAAGCCAAAUUGUUCAAUCACAGAGAGCGGCUUUUUGGACGAGAAGUUACAGACUACUCUUCUCUCGCGAAGCUGCAGAAGGUGUGUGGAGGUAUCAAGGCGCUCCGUCGGGUGGAAAAAAUUUUCCAGGAGCGCAGCCUACCUGCUGUAUUUGAGAAGGCUUCAGAAAUUACAACCGAACUGAACGGCUUCAAGCCCCUUGUUCCCAUCAUUGUGUCAUUGCGAAACGAUGGAAUGCGCGAGCGACACUGGAACAGACUUUUCGAGCGCAUUGGCAAGCCGCAGCUUCACGACGGGUCCACCUUAACAUUAAAUUCUCUGCUGGCUAAAGGCGUGGCCGACUGCACAGAAUUUGUUGUAGAGCUUGGAGAACUCGCUGAAAAGGAAAGCUACCUAGAGAAGGCCCUACAAGCAAUGAAAGCUGAAUGGGGACAAGUCGUUUUCGAGUUUAAAGAGAAAUAUAAAGACACAGAUACGUAUAUUCUGAAAGGGACGGAUGAAAUUGUUGCUCUGCUUGACGAGCACAUCUUGACCACGCAAGGCCUACAGUUUUCGAUAUAUAAAAAGCCCCUGGAGAGAGAAAUCGAUGAAUGGGCUAAUUUGAUAAUGAAUGCUUCCGAAACUCUAGACGAAUGGCUCAAGUGUCAGAGAGGUUGGCUGUAUCUGCAACCAAUUUUCAAUUCGCCUGAUAUAGCAAAACAGCUGCCAGCGGAGACAAAGAGGUUUUUCACUGUUGACACUGCUUGGAGAGUGCUAAUGCGUCAUACAUACGAAGAACCUCAAGUGCUACCUGCUUGCUCAACACCUGGCUUGGUGGAAAAGCUUCGUGAAAACAACCGCCUCAUGGAACGCGUACAGAAAGAACUGGAGUCAUACCUUGAGCUCAAGCGUAGCCAAUUUGCUCGUUUCUACUUCUUAUCAAACGAUGAACUACUUGAGAUUUUAUCGGAAACUACUGACCCCCUUAAGGUCCAGCCCUUCCUGUGCAAAGUCUUUGAGAACAUGAAUAAUCUCGAGUUCUCUGAGGAUCUUGUGGCUACUGCAAUGCUUUCUGCUGAAGGCGAGAGGAUGGCAUUUGUAAAGGGUCUUGUAACCUGUGGGAAAAGCGUCGAAAUUUGGAUGAAGGGUCUCGAGCAAACAAUGAAGCUUUCCGUCAGAGAGUCGCUCCAUGCUUCUAUACGUGAGUAUCCGACGACGGAGCGGACUUCAUGGGUGACACAGCAUGCUGGGCAGUGCGUGUUAAACGGUAGCCAGGUUCACUGGACUGCAAUGGUAGAAGAUGCCAUUCAAAAUGGGCAGCUGAAAAAUCUUCUAAAAGCGCAGACAAGCCAGCUUCUGGACUUGGUUUCGCUGCUGAGAAAGGGCCUUAGCACCAUGCAGAGCAUUACCAUUGGAGCAUUGAUUGUCAUUGACGUCCACGCCAAAGAUAUUGUACAACGCCUUUGGAAGGAAGAGGUCUCCAGCGUGGAGGCGUUUGAAUGGAUUGCGCAACUGCGGUACUAUUGGAGAGAUGAUAAUUGCUGGACUCAAUGCGUGCAGACAGACUUUCCCUAUGGAUAUGAAUAUCUAGGAAAUACGUUCCGGCUCGUUAUUACUCCACUAACGGACAUGGCAUACAUGACGUUGAUGGGGGCCCAACAGUUAAAUCUUGGUGAGCAGGACUACAAGUAUAACUCUGCCAGCACCUCCGGCCUAUGUGAGAAUGAUCUCGUAGGAGGAUCCCUCGCAGGCCCUGCAGGAACAGGCAAAACCGAGACCACAAAGGACUUGGCAAAGGCUUUGGCAACUCAGUGUGUUGUAUUCAACUGCUCGGAGAUGAUGGACUUUAUUAUGAUCGCAAAAUUUUUCAAGGGCUUGGCAUCAUCAGGGGCUUGGUGCUGCUUUGAUGAAUUCAAUCGUAUCAACAUCGAGGUUUUAUCUGUUAUAGCUCAGCAGCUUAUAGUCCUCUUUGGUGCGAAAGCUCAGCUCUUGAGCUACCAAUCAACGUUGGAGGUUGAUUUUGAAGACUCACAAAUUUUGGUGCAGCCAACAUUUAAUGUAUUUAUUACUAUGAAUCCUGGAUACGCAGGCAGAACAGAACUCCCUGAUAACUUGAAGUGCCUAUUUAGACCGAUGGCUAUGAUGGUGCCAGAUUACUCUAUGAUCGCGGAGAUCAUGCUAUACAGCUUUGGAUUUGACCAAGCACGGGAGCUCGCAACAAAGAUGGUUGCAACCUUCAAAUUGUCUUCAGAACAAUUAUCCUCUCAAGACCAUUAUGAUUACGGGAUGAGAGCUGUGCGAUCGGUUAUCAACGCUGCAGGAGUUUUAAAGCGCAAGUGCAAGAGCAUGGAUGAGCAGCAACUCCUGCUGCAAGCCCUCCGCGAUGUCAACGUUCCAAAAUUCUUGUCUCAUGACCUGCCGUUGUUUGAAAACAUUGUUGCAGAUUUGUUCCCUGGAGUUGAGGUGCCGCGAUCCGACAACCAGCUCCUUCAAGAAGCCCUUAGACUCCAAUCUGAGGCGCUUCGGCUGCAGCCAAUUGAGCCUUUUAUGGCAAAGGUGAUGCAGCUCUAUGAUACUGUUCAGGUCCGCCACGGCAUUAUGCUUGUAGGGCCUACGGGUGGAGGAAAGACAAGCAGUUAUCGCUUGUUAGCGGCUGCCAUGACUGAACUUCAUAAAAUCCCGGGAUUCGCACAGGUGCACUUAGAUGUGCUGAACCCUAAAUCCGUGACCAUAGGCCAGCUCUAUGGAUGCUUCAAUGAAACAACGCAUGAGUGGACUGAUGGUUUGGCCGCCGCCCUCAUUCGUCAAGCAAUCCGUGAUACAACGCAGGAUCAGCACUGGAUUAUGUUUGACGGUCCCGUAGACGCUCUGUGGAUUGAAAGCAUGAACUCUGUUCUGGACGAUAACAAAAAGCUCUGCCUCAACUCAGGAGAAAUUAUUGCCCUCACUAAUAGACUGGUGGUGAUGUUCGAGGCAAGCAGAAUACGCACAUACAACAUGCCUAUUUUACAGCUCACUAGUAGUAUGCCUGGUGAAAUCUGUGUGGAGGACCUAUCUGUAGCCUCGCCGGCUACUGUAAGCCGAUGUGGCAUGGUGUAUAUGGAACCUGACGUCCUUGGUUUCCCUCCACUCAUUAAUUCAUGGUUGAAGGGCCUCCCUCCAGUGUUCAAGGAUGAGCACAAGACACUUAUUGAUGACCUCUGCUGCACCUUUCUCCACAAUGGGCUUUGCCUUCUUAGAAAGCAAUGCAAGGAAAUCAUUGCGACAGUAAAUUCCAAUCUCUGUAUGACUUUUCUCCGAAUGUUGGGCUCUGUAUGCUCGCGCUACCGUCAAGUAAACAGCACAGUCAACGAGGAAACGGUCGACACCCUCUUUGCCAGAAUACCGGCAGCUUUCAUUUUUAGUUUCAUUUGGUCUUUUGGCAUCACAGCAAAUGGGAGUGGUAGGCAAGUCAUCGAUCAAUGGUUACGAAGCCGUGUGAAGGAACAUGGGCUAGAUAUUGGGACCAUACUACCUGAUGUUAGCCUUUACGAUGUCUGCUACGAAAUCAACAACCAUCGAUGGACUCCUUGGGUGGAUACCGUACCGUCGUUUGUUGUUCCAAAAGGCGCGGCGUUUGAUCACAAAGGAUGGUAUGAUCGCAAAAUGCUAGCCUUUCAACAAGUAGUGGAAGUGGGCCUCGUCGCUGCCAUGGGCCCCCCUGGGGGCGGACGUAACGAAAUAUCUGCUCGAUUAAUGAGGCAUUACUGCAUCUUGGCAUUUGAUGAGCUUCAGCGAGCUUCAAUAACGACAAUUUUUCAGACAUUGAAUAGGCACUGCUUUCAGCACUUUUCGCAGGACAUUCAGGCCCUCACAGACUCUUUGGUGUGCGCGACAACUGACCUCUACUCAGAAGUCACUAUGACCUUGCUUCCCACACCAACGAAAUCUCAUUAUACAUUUAACCUGCGAGAAGUUUGGAAGGUGUUCCAGGGUCUUGCGCCUUUGUCCCCAAAGGCAGUAAAGGAACCGAAAGCGGUUAUCCGAUGCUGGGUCCAUGAGACCUGCCGCGUAUUCUGCGAUCGUUUAGUUGACGACAUAGACCGCGAAUGGUUCCACGAAGCCCUGCACCGACACAUUAAACAAGCUUUUGGCAUUGAGUUUGCCAGUGCUAAGGAAAUUUCAUCUCUGAUUUUUGCUGACUUCACAGAACAGACGUCCGAGCGGCAUUACUUGGAAGUCACCUCGCCUGCAGAAUUAAAACGAGUAAUCGAAGAUUAUAUGCAGGAGUAUAAUAAUGCCUCAUCAGUUCCAAUGCAGCUCGUGAUGUUCGCCGAUGCAUGUGCUCAUAUCACGAGGAUAUGCCGCAUACUUCGGCAUCCCUCUGGUCAUGCACUGCUUCUUGGAGUGAGAGGAUCAGGGAGACAGUCUCUCAGUCGCCUUGCAGCGUUCAUUAUGGACACAGAAUACUUCAAAGUUGAAUCUGGCAAAGGUUAUGGAAUGGCUGAAUGGCGCGAGGAACUAAAGAAGUGCUUUAUGAAUUCGGGUUUGGAAGGAAAGGUGCAAACACUCGUUUUGUGCGAUUCCGAAGUACUUGGGGAACCUAUGCUCGAGGACAUUAACAGCGCCCUUAGCUAUGGAGACGUCCCCAAUUUGUAUAAAAAGGAGGACAUGGAAGAGAUUAUGAAAGUUUUUAGGUUGUACUGCAAGCAGCAGGGUAUAAACCCAUCAAGAGGAAACAUCUUUAACGCUUACGUGAAAAAAGUGAAGGCCAAUCUUCACAUCAUUAUGGCAAUGAGCCCGUUGGGGGAAUAUUUCCGUACUUGGCUCAGAAUGUUCCCUUCAUUAACAAACUGCUGCACGAUUAAUUGGUUUUCCGAGGUUGAGAAGACUAUGAUACAGAUUCAGAAAGACCACGCUCUUGCAGACGAGACCAAGCAAGUAGUAGCGCAUGAUGAAGCGGUCGCUUUGAAAAAAGCAAAAGAGACACAGGCUCUCAAGGAUGAUGCGCAGCGUGAUCUAGACGAAGCACUUCCGGCACUUGAAGAAGCUGUUGAAUGCGUUAAAAAGCUGAAGUCUGAUCAUAUACGAGAGGUUAAAGCCCUAACAAAGCCACCCUCGGGCGUCAUUCUUACGAUGGAAGCAGUCUGUAUCAUGUUUGGGGUUCUUCCAGUAAAGAAGCCAGACCCUUUCAAACCUGGUGUAAAGAUUGAGGACUACUGGGAAUCAGCUCAACACAGGCUUUUAAAAGAUCCCAAGAAGCUUUUGGAAGAUCUUUUGAAGUACGAUAAGGACAAUAUUCCAGAUUCAAUCAUUGCAACAAUCAGUCCUUAUAUUGAUAGAAGUGAUUUCGAUCCAGCAGCUAUUCGGAAGGCAUCGGUAGCUUGCGAGGCGAUCUGCAUGUGGGUGCGGGCGAUGUUCAAGUACUACAACGUCGCAAAAACCGUAGCACCAAAGCGAGUCAAAUUACGGCAAGCUGAAGAAGAGCUGCGCGCAACAAUCGAGAAUCUCGAGAAAACAAAGGCCAGACUCAAGGAGGUAGAGGAUAAAAUUGAGCGGCUCGCAGCGGAUUUUGCCCUAGCCGUUGAUAGAAAGGAACAACUUACCAUAGAUAUUCAAAGCUGCAAGAAAAAACUGGAAAGGGCCGAACCACUUCUGGUGGGACUGGCAGAUGAAAAGCACCGUUGGGGGGAACAGGCACGCCUAUCAAAGGAUAAUUUUCGCUACAUCUCAGGACACUCUCUUAUCAGUGCUGGAAUGCUCACAUAUGCUGGGCCCUUUACAGCGGCAUAUAGGGGAGAGCUUAAUACUCAGUGGUCUCAGCGGCUGCUUUUGAACCAUCUGCCAUUCAAACCUACAUGCGGGCUACAGCAGUUCUUAGGCGACCCUGUAGUUAUUAGGCAGUGGACAGUCUGGGGGCUACCAAAUGACGAAUUUUCUAUCCAAAACGGAAUCAUUAUAGAUAAAUCAAGGCGAUGGCCACUAAUGAUAGAUCCCCAGGGACAAGCGAACCGCUUCAUUAAGAAAACUGGAAAAAACACAGAUGUUGGAUUUGAAGUUCUGAAGUUAUCGGAUGCAACUUUCAUGCGGGAACUCGAGCUUUCUGUUCAGUUGGGAAAAUGGGUUUUAAUUGAGCACGUAUCAGAGACGCUUGACCCUUCUCUUGACCCCAUUCUUCUGCAGCAAAGGGCCAAAAGUGGAUCAGGCUUAGAAGACCAAAUGCUGGGCCUCGUUGUGACCAAAGAAGCCCCACAGCUAGAAGAGCGAAAGGCUGCGCUAGCACAAAGUAGCGCAGAUAUGCGUCGUGAGCUCAAGGGAAUCCAGGACAAAAUCCUUCAAGUCAUAUCACAGUCGCAAGGGAACAUUUUAGAUGAUGAAGUAUUAUUGACAACUCUAGCCGCAUCGAAGCAGACUUCGGAAGAGAUUCAAGAAAAGGUUCGGGAAGCCGAGUUAACUGAGCACGAGAUUGACGAAGCACGGCAAUGCUACAGGAAAGUGGCAUCGCGAUGCAGUCAACUCUUCUUCAGUCUCGUCGAGCUGGCGUGCAUCGAGCCUAUGUAUCAAUACUCUCAGCAGUGGUUCCAAAAUUUGGUUUCUGUAGGCCUAAGCGAGGCUUCCCCAACUUCGAAUGUAGAGCAGCGUACCCUGUCGCUGGUGGAGCAUAUCUCAUACUUAGUGUACCAAAACGUAUCUAGGUCUCUCUUUGUGCGGCACAAACUCUUGUUCGCAUUCGCCCUCAGCCUGCGAGUUCAAGCAAAAACUCCAGUGGAUCCCGCAGAGCUACGAUUCUUACUGACGGGAACAAUAACUGGAGCAGGCUCAGAGGAAAACCCUAUUUCGUGGCUAACGGAUAAGCAGUGGCAGGCCAUUUGCGAGCUCUCGCAUCUGCCUGCUUUCAAUGGACUCGCGGCUUCUUUUCAUGCUAACGAAGAAGGAUUCCAGAGGGUUUUCGACUCACCUCAAGCAGAUCAAGAGCCAUUACCCGGUCGUUGGCAAUCUCUUAACCCCAUUCAGAAAAUGUGUAUCCUGCGGAUACUUCGCAUGGACUCCCUGACAGCUGCUGCAAGCAGCUAUGUGGCCAUGGAGCUGGGUGCUCGCUUUCUGGAGCCACCUCCAUUUAAUUUAUCGCAAUGCUAUAAGGACUCCACUCCACAGACUCCGUUGAUAUUCAUUUUGUCGCAAGGUUCUGACCCAGUAUCUGAGCUCCUUAGCUUUGCAAAGGAAAUGAAAAUGAGCAGGCGCUUUGAGUCCAUAUCCCUCGGUCAGGGCCAGGGACCGAAAGCAGCAAAACUUAUAGAGGAUGGCUGUAGUAGAGGAGGAUGGGUUCUCCUGCAGAAUUGUCAUCUUGCUGCUUCGUGGAUGAAUGAACUAGAACGGAUUUGCGCGCAGUGGAAUCCCGAAGAAAUACAUCGAGAUUUUAGGCUCUGGUUAACAUCUAUGCCAUCGUCUUCGUUCCCAGUAUCUGUUCUACAAAACGGCGUGAAGAUGACUAACGAGCCUCCAAAGGGUCUGAAGGCCAACUUGCAGAGGCUAUACUCUAGCAUAGACAACCGCCAGCUCAAAGCAACACAGAAGCCUUCACAGUUCAGAAAGCUGCUUUUCGCAUUUUGCUUCUUCCAUGCAAUAGUUCAGGAGCGCCGACGUUUUGGUCCCAUAGGAUGGAACAUUCCCUACGAGUUCACCCAGGAUGACCUGGUUGUCUGUCAAAGACAGCUAAAGAUAUUCCUGGAUGUAAAUGAAAAGAUUCCAUACAAGGUACUGAGAUUUUUGGGGGCUCAUAUAAACUACGGCGGGCGUGUUACUGACGCAAAUGACAAACGGCUCAUCGAUGCCAUCCUUAGCACCUAUGUCAACGAGAGGCUUAUUUCCGAGGGUGAAGCAUUCAAAUUUUCACGUUCCGGAAUUUACUAUUGCCCCGAUGAAGAGGACAUAGAAGGUUUCAACAAGUAUAUUCAAUCACUGCCGCCGAACGCUCAACCGGAAGUGUUCGGCUUACAUGAAAAUGCGAACAUUAACUGCGCUAAAAUGGAGGGAAAGGAGCUACUUGACGGGAUUCUCUCGAUGGUCCCACAAAGCCGUUCGGCCGGUUCUUCUUGCCCCGAGUCCACUGUUUCCGAUCUUGCCGCAUACGUGCAGUCUUUGCUGCCUGAGCCAUUUGAUGUGGAAAGUGUCGAAGAACGAUACCCUACUCGUUACGAGGAGUCAAUGAACACACUGGUUGUGCAAGAAUCUAUCAGAUACAAUGGAUUGCUAGCAGUCAUAAAUAAGACGAUGAACGAUCUUCGCCUGGCACUUAAAGGGCGCAUUGUAAUGACGGAAGAACUUGAAAUGGUCUCGGAGGCUCUUUUUAAUAAUCAGGUCCCUAAAGCGUGGUCAGACAAAGGAUUUGUAUCCAUGAAGCCGCUUGCCUCCUGGCUGAAAGACCUAACCGCAAGGCUCACUUUUAUCCAUACCUGGAUCAAUCAAGGCCCACCCAGGUCUUAUUGGAUGUCCGGAUUCUUUUUUCCCCAGGCUUUCCUCACUGGAGUGCUCCAAAACUAUGCACGAAAGUAUCGUGUUGCCGUCGAUAGGCUGUCGUUUGCAUUCAUCGUGCUCAAAAACACAGACGAAUUGUCGUUGGAAGCACGUGAUGGAUGCCUCGUCCACGGCAUAUUCCUGGAAGGAUGCCGAUGGGAUGCAGAACUGGGGACGCUAGCUCCUUCCCGCCCGAAAGUGCUCUUCGAGGAACUUCCAGUGCUAUGGUUUCUUCCUCAAAAGGACCGCGUGCCGGAGUCUGCUUCAGUCUACAUGUGCCCUUUAUAUAAGGUGCCUAGUCGUAAAGGAACACUCUCGACAACAGGUCACUCAACAAACUAUAUCACUAGCAUUGAGCUUCCAUGUGUGGGCUCACCUGAUGUGCCAGUAAAAGCGGGCGUAGCGGCAUUGCUUUCACUUCAAGAUUAG